CGGGAGUCGAGGAGCUCGGGGCGCGCGACGGAGUGAGCGAGGCUGGUGGAUGGACGCUGCUCCCCGGUUCAAGCUGCUUGCAGCACGGCCAUGAUGGGUAGACAAGAACCAGACCUCCAUGAGCAGCCGAGAGGACCACGAGAGCAAGAGGGGGAUGAGGACGAGGAGGGGGAGAAAGUGCAUGUGUCUGUGCAGGGAGAGGAGAGGGAGGAGGAGGAAGAGGAGGAGGAGGAGGAGGAGGAGAUGGAGAAUUUGCCAUACCCAUCUCUGGCACCGGUGGUUCUUUUGGCUCUGACCCAGACCAGCCCGCCCCGAUCCUGGUGCCUUCGAGCCGUCUGCCACCCAUGGUUUGAACGAGUGAGCAUUUUGGCCAUCCUGCUGAACUGUGUGACUCUGGGGAUGUUCCAACCCUGUGACCACACUCCCUCCCUGCUUCAGGCUCUAGAUGAUGGGAUCUUUGUGUUCUUCGCGGGAGAGAUGGUGGUUAAGAUGGUCGCUCUAGGGGUCAUAGGUCAGAGUGGUUACCUAGGAGACACAUGGAACAGACUAGACUUCUUCAUAGUUUUAGUGGGGAUGCUGGAGUAUUCUCUUGACGGACACAAUGUCAGCCUAUCAGCUAUCAGGACAGUCAGGGUUCUCCGCCCACUCAGGGCCAUCAACAGAGUCCCAAGUAUGCGUAUCCUGGUGACCCUUCUCCUAGAUACCCUGCCCAUGCUAGGCAAUGUGCUGGCAUUGUGCUUCUUUGUCUUCUUCAUCUUUGGCAUCGUUGGUGUACAGCUGUGGGCAGGGCUACUGAGAAACCGCUGUUUCCUGGGAGAAGAUGUCAAGACGAGAUAUAACGUGUCCUUCCUGAGUGUCUACUACCGGCCAGAUGGCUCUGAUGACCACCCCUUCAUAUGCUCCACUGAGAGAGAGAAUGGGAUGCUUCGGUGCUCCGCUGUGCCUCGCCGUCGGGUCCGCGGGACCUCCUGCUUGCUGGGUGCUGAGGAGGUGGGCCCGGAGAUGGGAUUCACCGUAGACGAGCCAGCGUCGUGCGUGAACUGGUUCCAAUAUUACAACGAGUGCCGAGCCAGCGAAAUGAACCCACACAAAGGAGCCAUCAACUUUGAUAACAUUGGAUAUGCAUGGAUCGCCAUAUUCCAGGUGAUAACUCUCGAGGGCUGGGUAGACAUCAUGUACUACGUCAUGGAUGCGCACUCCUUCUACAACUUCAUCUACUUCAUCUUCCUCAUCAUAGUGGGCUCCUUCUUUAUGAUCAACUUGUGCCUGGUCGUCAUAGCAACCCAGUUUUCAGAGACGAAGCAGCGAGAACAUGCCUUGAUGAAGUCAGAGCAGCACGCCCGUCAGCUCCACCAGUCAGCUUCCACCCUGGCCAGCGACAGCCAACCGGGAAGCUGCUAUGAAGAGAUCAUCCGUUACCUGGCACACCUGGGGCGCAAGGCCCUGCGGAGGCUGUCCCGCUACUGUACACAGACACACCCACAAUGCCACUGUGUGUGCGUUUGCCGGGGAGACAGAGGACGCGGGGCAGCAAAAGGGAGCGGAGUCGGGGAGGUGAAUGGCCUUGCCCACCGGCACUCGGGCCAUGCCCCCAAUGACCUUUCCCACCUUCACCAACUUUAUCAUCACCAUCAUCACUGUCAUGAUCGUCAACCACAGUCAGAGCCUGAGAUCCGUAACGGGGGGCAUGGCUUUAACUACCCAGUCAUCUCAUCCCUCUUCAGUCAUCAGGGCACAAAGGACCAGGGCAAGAAGAGGUCGGUUGCGGUCAAAACCCUGCCACAGUUGGUCUUGGAGCAUGGUUUAAGUGCUGGGCAUCCAGAAUUACCACUGCCAGGAGAAGUUCCCGGUGAGUCAACGGCGUGUUCGUGUUACUUCAGCGACAACCAGCCCAGUGACGGUGAACAUGCAAACGACCAGCCUGAAGACCAGCAACGCGGCUACAGUAACUUCUGCCAUGGCAGCAGCCCUUGGCACAACAACAGCCAGUGCCACUGCGACAGCCUCUGUGGUGACGGACUGACGUCAGGGCCAAGGAAGGGACUCUGUGAGGGCUGCUGGGUAGGACUAAGGGCCAAACUCGAACUCAUUGUCGGCAGCAGAUACUUUAGCAGAGGCAUCAUGAUUGCCAUCCUCAUCAACACACUGUCAAUGGGUAUAGAGUACCACGAACAGCCUCAGGAGUUGACAGAUGCUCUGGAGAUCAGCAACAUGGUGUUUACCAGUCUUUUCAGUCUGGAGAUGCUGCUUAAACUCCUGGCCCUGGGGCUCUUCGGCUACAUCAAGAACCCCUACAACGGUUUUGACAGUGUCAUUGUGAUCAUCAGUGUGUGGGAGAUUGUGGGUGAGGCGGAGGGAGGCUUAUCUGUUCUGCGUACCUUCCGCCUGUUGAGAGUUUUGAAGCUUGUCCGGUUCCUUCCUGCCCUGAGGAGACAGCUGGUGGUGCUGAUGAAGACCAUGGACAAUGUUGCCACAUUCUGCAUGCUCCUUAUGCUUUUCAUAUUCAUAUUCAGUAUCCUGGGCAUGCAUCUGUUUGGCUGUAAGUUUGGUCUGCGACAGGACAGUGGGGACACUCUGCCUGACAGAAAGAACUUUGACUCUCUGCUGUGGGCCACCGUGACUGUGUUCCAGAUCCUGACUCAAGAGGACUGGAACGCAGUGCUGUAUAAUGGGAUGGCCUCCACGUCUCCCCUGGCUGCCCUUUAUUUUGUGGCUCUCAUGACUUUUGGCAAUUAUGUCCUCUUUAACCUGCUGGUGGCCAUCUUGGUUGAGGGUUUUCAAGCUGAGGGUGAUGCCAACAGGUCUGAGGCAGAUGAGGAAAGGCAGUCUUUGUCUUUUGAGGAAGAGGAGAAGUUGAGGGAGUUGUACGCUGCAGAGCUGAAGAUCCAGGCCAUGAUGCUUAGCCCAAAUGGUCUCCUGAACCCAAGGGCCUCCAUGCCUCACCUGCCUCCUCUGCCCGUCAUCACACACACUGCCGCCACUCCCACCAUAAACAUGAACCACUCACGGCGGGCCAGUGGCAUCUCCAUGGACACCAAUGGCUUGGACUUGAGAUCAUCGUCCCCGUGGGAGAAUGGGGCCGAGAGCCGCCGCUCAAGCUGGGCCGGUAUUGGCCGAGCCCCCAGCCUGCACAGGAGGAGCCAGUCAGGCGAGAUGGAGUCUCUGCUGUCAGACACACAUACAAACUCCAAUCUCAGCAGCAUGGAGCAGUCCCUCGACCAGUCAGAUUAUCUGCAGGUUCCCAUACUUCAACCUCCAGACUGUAAUGGCACCGCCCUCUACCUCCCAGACCAUUCCUAUGGUGACGCUCCCCCAUCAACCAAUUAUUGUUACGAUCAGGAUGAAGACGAAGAGCUUGAGGAGAGUUGGUGCACAAAGUUAAAGAAAUUGCUGGCGCCCUAUGAGCCUCAGUGGUGCAGAGAGCAUGAAGAGUGGUCUCUCUAUCUGUUUGCACCGCACAACCGGCUCAGGCUGUGGUGUCAGAGGGUCAUAGGUCAUAAGAUGUUUGAUCACGUGAUUCUCCUCUUCAUCUUCCUCAACUGCAUCACCAUCGCUCUAGAGAGACCCGACAUACAGCCCAGCAGCAUGGAGCGGGUUUUCCUCACUGUGUCCAACUAUGUCUUCACUGUGAUCUUCGCGUUAGAAAUGAUGAUUAAGGUAGUGGCUAUGGGCUUCUACUUUGGCACCAGUGUGUACCUGAAGAGCAGCUGGAAUGUUCUAGACGGACUGCUGGUAUUUGUCUCACUCGUGGACAUCCUGUUCUCCAUCGCCUCAGCGGGUGGCAACCGCAUCUUCGGCAUCCUCCGUGUGCUCCGUCUGCUACGCACGCUACGGCCCCUCAGGGUGAUAAGUCGUGCUCCGGGGCUGAAACUGGUGGUGGAGACUCUUAUUACAUCCCUCAGACCGAUCGGAAACAUCGUCCUCAUCUGCUGUGCUUUCUUCAUAGUGUUUGGAAUACUUGGAGUACAGUUGUUUAAGGGUAAGUUUUUUCACUGUGAUGGGCUAGAUGUAAGUAACAUCACCAAAAAAACCCAAUGUCUGGAGGCUGGACAUCGCUGGGUUCGACGCAAGUACAACUUCGACAACCUGGGACAGGCGCUGAUGUCGCUGUUUGUGCUGUCGUGCAAAGACGGCUGGGUCAGCAUCAUGUAUGAUGGCCUGGAUGCUGUGGGAGUGGACCAGCAGCCGAUACGGAACAACAACCCGUGGAUGCUGCUGUUCUUCAUCUCCUUCCUCCUCAUCGUCAGCUUCUUCGUGCUGAACAUGUUUGUGGGCGUGGUGGUGGAGAACUUCCACAAGUGUCGUCAGCAGCAGGAAGAGGAGGAGGCCCGGCUGAGGGAGGAGAAGCGACAGAGACGCAUGGAAAAGAGGAGGAGGAGGGCUCAGGAAAAGCCCUACUAUUCAGACUACUCCCCUUUACGUCGAUCUAUACACACCCUGUGUACCAACCACUACCUGGACCUCUUCAUCACCAUCAUCAUCUUCACAAAUCUCCUUACGAUGAGCAUGGAGCACUACAACCAGCCAAAGUACCUGGAGGAGAUACUGAAGUACUGUAACUAUGUCUUCACACUGGUCUUUGUCAUCGAGGCCAUCCUCAAGCUUAUCGCUUUUGGCCUGCGGAGAUUUUUUAAAGACAGGUGGAACCAGCUGGAUCUAGCCAUUGUGCUUCUUUCAAUUAUGGGAAUCACACUGGAGGAGAUAGACCUGAAUGCCUCCCUACCCAUCAACCCUACAAUCAUACGCAUCAUGAGAGUGCUGCGGAUAGCCCGAGUGUUGAAGCUAUUGAAGAUGGCUACAGGAAUGAGGGCUUUACUGGACACGGUGAUGCAAGCUCUGCCCCAGGUGGGGAAUCUGGGUCUUCUCUUCAUGUUGCUGUUCUUCAUCUACGCUGCUCUUGGAGUCGAGCUCUUUGGAAAACUGGAGUGUUCUGAGGAGAAUCCUUGUGAGGGUCUCAGCCGCCACGCAACCUUUGACAACUUCGGCAUGGCCUUUCUCACGCUGUUCAGGGUCUCCACCGGGGACAAUUGGAAUGGAAUUAUGAAGGACACACUGCGCGAGUGUCGUGCCGAAGACCACCACUGUCUGAGCUACCUACCUUUAAUCUCCCCCCUCUACUUCGUCACCUUCGUCCUCACGGCCCAGUUUGUUCUGGUCAAUGUGGUGGUGGCUGUUCUCAUGAAGCACCUGGAGGAGAGCAACAAGGAGGCGGCACAGGAGGAGAUGGAUGAGAAGAGAGAGAGGGAGGAGAGGAGAGAGAGGGAGGAGAAGAGAGAGAGGGAGGAAGCCAAUCGGUGCCUUAGCAACGCGUCCAUGGAUGGGGACCAGGGGUCAAAUGUUGAGACACCUGUUCAGGUGGAGGUAGAGGAAGAGGAGUGUUCCCAUGGCAACCUUUUGAUCAUGGGACGCAUGCUCUCGCUCCCUAGCGACAGCCACAUCCAGCCACUCAGAAGCACUCCUUACCCUCCUGUCGGUAAUGAGGCCUACACCAGUUGCAGCUACUCAGGCUCCAUGUCAUCGCUGGGCUCCAGCGGAGGUGGCUCACUGCUGCAGGUCCCGGGGGCCUUGCCCUCUAUCAGCCACGUGUCACUGGGGUCUGGACGCAGCUCAAGGCCGAUCAUACACCUUAGCCCCUUGCGUAGCGUUGAAAGGCACAUAUCCUCCAGCAGUAGGCACAUCCCCCCCAAGCUCAGUCCAGCCCACAGCAUUGAAAGACACAGACUUAGCUCGGCUCACAGCAUUGACGGAUACAGGCUCAGCCCAGCCCACAAUGUACAGAGACACAGGCUAAGUUCAGCUCGCAGUGUUGACGGAUACAAGCUCAAUCCAGACCACGUUACAGACAGACCAAACCUCAGUCCUGCUCAUAGCAUAGACAGACAUCCCUCCCUUAGGCUAGGUCCCACCCACGGUGUCAACAAGCACGCCUCCCACUGGCUUAGUCCUGAUGACAGUUUAGAUAAAAACAGACUAAGUCCCACCUAUAUCCCAGAUAGUUCAACCACACGGAGACCAGGAUCUUUCCGCUCUUCCACCAAACGGUUGCGGAGACAGGAGGCCGUACGGUGUGACUCAGUGGAUCAGAGUUGCAGUUUGGCUGAUGAGCUGCAGUCGCCUGUCACCACACCCCCACGCCAGCGCUCUUCAAGUGUACACACGCUCAAAUAUACUCAUCCCCAGAGGGUCAUCUCAUGCAGAGGCCACAGCCGGAGCCACAGUGAAGCCACUGAACAAGCACUUACACCUGAACAGUCCCCCUGCCAAACAGCGUCCUUGACAGGAACAGAGGUCCAGCUUGUCAGCCUGCAGAGUAGGUCCAGUCUCCAGGUUCCCAGCCCCGAGGCAGCCAUCCAAAACAGUUCUGGACCAUUUACCUUGAGUCCAGUCAGCCCCGGCUCCGGUUCCCAGCUAGAUGAUGCUGACGAAGAAGUCAGUCGCAUUAACAGUUCUACUCACACACACAUAUGCACACAACUUUCUCCCAGCAACUCACACAAUAGCCGACACCUCUCUCCCAGCCCGGGGGAGCACAGGAGUUGUCUCAGCCAAUCGGUGUCUCCGAUUUCGGGAACGAAUAGGAAGCAGAGAAUGAGUCCACCUCCAGGGGAGGAGCCGGUCACCAUAGCAACUCAAAUGAUGGACAGCAGUGUUGAGCUGAGACGGCGGACCCUGUCCUUUGACUCAACAAGCCUCUCUCCUCACUGUGCAGAGGGAGGUUCUGUAGAUGACUUAGCCUGAUGCUCUUGGUGAGGGGGAUUGGCUUUUCACAACAAAAAGCGGAUGCACUUCAGGUGCUUGCUUGAGCACAUGGGAGGAGGAGGAGUCACAAUCUAAAGGAAUUGAACUGUUUCCUGUUCCAGGCCGUACCCCUCACCUCCUCCCAUCCAAUCACAGGGUCCUCUUGAGUGCACGAGCAGAGCUCUUUUGGACUCUGUGUGUGUGUAUGUGUUUGUGUGUGCGUGCGUGCGUGCGAACGGGUUUGUGUAUGUGUUCAGAGCAAAGAAUUACCCUGGUACUGAUUUGCACACAGUAUGCACACAAGAAGACAUUCCCUACUUCAAUAUUAGCCCCAGCUUUAGUUUGGACAUAGUUCUCACUCUUCUGCUAUAUUUACUCAAGCAUUUGUCUUGCCCUUGCUUGCUCCUUCUUUCUUGCCCCACUCACUCUCCCCCUUCCGUUGUUUACUGUAGUCAUCUCUACAUCCGUUUUCCUCAUCCUUUCCUUUUGAAUGCUCUCCCACAAAACGAGCACUUAGUUUUCUGACAGCUACCCCCUCGUCCUCUUUUCCACCUCUUCUCCCUACCCUUGACCUCUCUCUAUCUUAGUAUUCUCAGGGUAGAUGUAGUUCAGACACAGGUGACUGUAAGUUGAUGUGAUCAAAGGCUGGCAGGCCAACUGCAGAGUUAGAUCGCCCCCUGUUGUCUAGGUCUGUGGUGUGCCGAAGGUGGUCUCUGACCGUGGCGAGUUUCGGGUUCACGUGGAAUGCAGAAGAAGGUAAAUGGAAGGGCUUUUCAGGUGAUCAGCUUGUAUAUCAAUUUAUAAAGAAAAUGGCUUAGAAUAUAUUUUAUUACCACGGCAUCUGUAAUGUAAGAACUAUAUAGAUGGAUUUCUACUUUUCGAAUGUCAGGUUAUAAACUGACAAUAUUGAUAAGAAUGGCUAAUGAUGUCGAUAGUGGUGUACGACGAUGAUGAUGAUAAUGAUGAUGAUGAUGAUGGCGGUGUGCAACAACGAUGGAGAUGUUUCAUGUCUUAUGAACUCUGGGAAGCAGGGAAUGAUGUUGUUUACCUGCAGCAACAUUACUGUACAGUGCUGGAAUAAAACCACUUCCUGUUGGA